CGCACAUUUCCAGACAUUCCUCGAGGAGCUGCCAGCCCCAGUGCAGCAUUGCAAUCUCACCGACAAGAUUACCAUCAGUGAAUGGGCUCAGGUUUACCGCUCCGGAUCCCACGGCGAUGUGCUCAAGGGGGUCUACGGGGAUGACACUGUGUGCGUCAGAAUUUUAAAACUGUCUCCACUCGGGGAUGGAUCUAUCAAGAAGCUUGCACGAGCGCGAGAUGACGGCUUGGCUUUCCCUCGACCAUGAGAAUGUCGUUAAGCCUCAUGGGUGGACCCUGGCCACGGAGGAAUCGAAGGAAUCGAUUGGCUUCAUCUCCGCUUGGUGCGAAGAAGGCGACUUGCAUUCAUACCUGAGGACCCAUCGGCCAAUCAAUCGCUACGAGCUGAUUCGAGGUAUCUCUCGAGGACUGACCUAUCUUCAUGAACGGGACGUUGUCCAUGGAGAUCUAAAGCCGUGUAAUAUAGUCAUGCAUAACGGCAUCCCUAAACUCUGGGGCUAUGGACUCGCUUCCAUUAUCGAUGAUCGAAAUACAUAUGCCCAGGAAUCAGCGGCCUUCACCACUCUCCGAUAUUGUGCCCCGGAGUUGUUAAACUCUGACAGUGGGUCUCGUGACAAAAAGACGGAUGUAUGGGCGUUUGGAUGUACGGCAGGGGAGGUUUUGUAUGACAAACACCCAUUUCAAGGUAUACCUAUCUCCCGCCUCUAUGCCAAAUUAGGAGUCGAGUCUCCUUUCGAUUGGGACUCUCAACGUUACCCCGAUGAACUCAAAGAACUUGUCCAAGGAUGCUUGACUCGCCUUCCCGAAAACCGCCCGAGUAUGGAAUCUGUCCGAAAUGCUCUAGACUCUGACUUCACUGCACGAAGGCGUGCACAAAGGCGCACUCGGCUCCUUGCGGACCUGGUUGAAGUGCAGCACUGCAAUCUCACCGGCAAGAUUAUCAUCGAUGAAUGGGAUGGACGUUCCUAUGGCAAUGGAUUCAAGGGGGUCUAUGAAAAUGACACUGUGUGCGUCAAAACUUUAAAACUGCCUGAAGACGGAUCUGUCACCGAGCUUGCACGACGGUUCUCGCGCGAGAUAAGCGUUUGGCUUUCCCUCGCCCAUGAGAAUGUCGUCAAGUUCCAUGGAUGGACUCUGACUGGGGAGGGGCCGAUUUGCGCUAGCCUUAUCUCUGCCUGGAGUGAAGGCGGCAACCUCAAGUUGCACCUCAAGUCUCAGUCAAUUAAUCGUUACGAGUUGAUUCGAGGUAUCUCUCGUGGAUUGGCCUAUCUUCAUGAACGAGACGUUGUUCAUGGAGAUUUGAACCCGAGUAAUGUAGUCAUGCAUAACGGCAUCCCUAAACUACGCGACUUUGGACUCUUCUCCAUUUUCGAUAGUUCAACCACACCCGCUCUGGAAACAAGCAGUCUCCCAUAUUGUGCUCCGGAGUUAUACAACGAGAAGGACUUGUGGGACAAACAGACGGACGUAUGGGCAUUUGGAUGUUUUGUAUAACAAAGACCCCUUUCACGGGACACCUCCACGUCGUAUCUUUUCCAAAAUACUAGUCGAGUCCCCUUUUGAUUGGGACUCAGAACCUCACCCCGAUGGACUUAAGCAACUCAU